AGCAAAAGAUAUAUAAAACCUGAAUUUCAUAUGGGCAAGUCGUUCUUUUUUUCUUAUAAAGCACAAACCUUACAUCAUUACAUCGAUUGAAAAAUGUUCAAAAAGACCCCCAUGAGAAUGGUCAUUGCCGUUGACAAUUCGUCAGCCUCACGGAAAGCAAUGUCUCACGGCAUGGCUAUGGCUGAUAUGUUGAAGGACCCUCCGCAGGUUAAGAUCAUUUAUGCCAUUGGUUUGAAUCCAGAGCAAUCUAAACCUAUCCAGUUUUUAGACAGUUUGGACCGGCGAAAUAAUAUGGAUAUUGUAGAAGACUCCAAAGGAGAAGUAGAAAACAUCAAGGGUUGGCUGAACGAAUUCAGUAAAAAGCAUGGAAAUUACGAGUUUGUAACCAUACAGCGCCAUGAGCCAGUAGGACAGAUCAUUACACAAUUCUUGUACGAUAUGCCCGCCGAUAUGCUAGUGAUUGGCUCAUCGAGUCGAUCCAGUGUUUCUGGUAUGAUCAAGUCACUCCUUGGAUCGACAUGUGAGUACUGUAUUCGCCACUCCCCUUGUCCAGUUACCAUCGUCAAGCAAAGUGACACCAAGGCAGCCGAUUGAGAGACUGUACUGCAUGCUAGACUUCCCAUCGCCAUUGACCUCAAAGGACUUUAUGUUAUAGCUCUUUUAUUGCGAGGCUCGCUUGCUUUUUCUUUUCAUUUCUUUAAAACUUUGCUUUUUUUUCUUUCAUUCGUUAUAUAAAAAAAACAAAAAAGUGGUGGGUGGGUGUGAGCAAGCUAAUAUUGCAGUCGGU